AUGGAAUUGAACAUUCUAUCACCCGUGGCACCCGUUCGAUCGAAGCAACGUGCCGAGCGUAUGGAGAUUGACGAUGAAAGCCAGCCGCAUUUGGUGAAUCCAGGCGAAACAGUGACGACCGAUCAACAGUUCAUGAGGGGUCAUGGUACAUACUCGGAUGGAGAAGGCGUGGUUGUAUCUGCAGUAGCUGGUGCUGUGGAGCGAGUCAACAAGUUGCUUUCUGUACGGCCACUCAAGACGCGAUACACACCCGAGAUUGGAGAUAUUGUCGUAGGUCGCGUGACCGAAGUCAUUACCAAACGAUGGAAAGUGGAUGUCGCAGGCCGACAAGAUGCAGUAUUACUUUUGAGCUCGGUCAAUUUGCCUGGUGGUGUUCAACGACGAAAGAACGAAUCGGAUGAGUUACAUAUGCGUCAAUUCUUUGCUGAAGGAGAUGUCCUUGUGGCUGAAGUACAAAGUUUCUAUCAAGAUGGUGCAAUGGGUCUUCAUACACGUGCGUUCAAGUAUUGCAAGUUACGCAAUGGAUCCUUUGUCAGUGUACCUCCUGUGCUUGUUCAACGCUGUAAAUCGCAAUUCCAUAGUCUGCCAUCAGGUGUCGACAUUAUCUUGGGUCUGAACGGUUACAUUUGGGUCAACAAGAAGAUGCAAGGUAUUGCCAACAUCAAUGCAGAUGACAUCGAUACCAGCGUCUCCUACUCGAAUGAAAAUGACGAGAUAUCCAUGGAAGAACGAGAAAGCAUCGCUCGCGUCGUCAAUUGUAUAUCAGCACUUGCAAAACGUUACAUGUACAUCAAUGACACAGUUAUCGUUUACACAUAUGAAGCAUCAUUACCUUACACCGUCAAGGAGCUCUUAAAAGAAGAUGUGAUUGAAGCCAUUACUUCUGAAGCAAGCGCACGCAUGCAAAUGCCAUAG